GAAAGAGAAAGACAGACGAGCUAAGGAACAACGCCCCGGCUCUGAGUUCAAGCUCCCAGGACCAGCCCCGCCCCCGGCAUCUUACGUCAUCCCUCCGCGCCGCGCGGAAAGCAGGAGCACUUCCGGCCCGGACCCAGCCUGUUUGGCCCGGAGACUUGUACCAAAGUUCCGCCGCGAGGGUCCGGCAAAAAGCCUCGAGCACUUCCGGCGCAUCGGGUCCGGACCGGACGCGCUCCGCGGCUCUGCCGGCCGGCGCUCCCCACGCCUCGGCCACAGCAUGGAGCGCGUGGACAAAGUGACGCUGAACGCCCUGCAGCCACCCGCGUUCGGGAACGAAGACGUCUUCCCGUCCAGCCUGAAGACGCUCCUGGUCUUCACCGCGUUGAUCAUCACGGUUCCCAUCGGCCUGUACUUCGCGACCACCUCCUGCGUGUUCCGAGGCGCCCUCGGGAUGUCCAACAGAGACAGUGAUUUUUAUGCUGCCAUCGUCGCGGUGGUGGCGGUUCACAUCGUGCUGGCGCGGUUUGUGUAUGUAGCCUGGAACGAAGGCUCACAGAAGCAGCACGAAGGCAAACAGGACUAAAUGACUUUGAAAAAGCCAAGGAAAUCUUAACAAAGAUGAAAUACUUUUCUAAUGUAGAAGAAAAGGUCAAGUUAAAGAAGAUUCCCCUCUAGUUGCCGUUGUAAUUGUUAAAAAAUAAACGUGUAUUUCUUUUUGACUUCU